UCCUUCACUCACACACCCCCCGGCCGCCGGGCCCCAGGCCUUCCCGGCGCUCCUCCUCCUCCUCUGCACACUCUCUCUCCGGCUGGGGUCCGCCUGCCGCCCGCCGGCCUCGCUCCCUCCGGGCAACCCUCCUCCCCAGGCUCUCCUAUCACACAUCCACGCGCCUAGCGCUGGGCCGCCCCUCCUCUCCGCCCUCCUCUUCCUCGUCCUUGCUAACGCUGCCGUCGGGGAAGGAUUGAUGUCCCUUCAGCAUCAUGCAGCCGCCGCCGAGGAAGGUAAAAGUUACACAAGAACUGAAAAACAUUCAAGUUGAGCAGAUGACAAAACUUCAAGCUAAACAUCAAGCCGAAUGUGAUUUGCUGGAAGAUAUGAGGACAUUCAGUCAGAAGAAGGCUGCUAUCGAAAGAGAAUAUGCACAGGGUAUUCAAAAGUUGGCUAGUCAAUACCUGAAGAGAGAUUGGCCUGGAAUAAAAGCUGAUGACCGGACUGAUUACAGGAGCAUGUAUCCCGUUUGGAAAUCUUUUCUUGAGGGAACAAUGCAGGUAGCCCAAUCUCGGAUCAAUAUAUGUGAAAACUAUAAAAACUUCAUAUCUGAGCCUGCAAGGACAGUGAGAAGCUUAAAAGAACAGCAACUAAAAAGGUGUGUGGACCAGUUGACAAAGAUCCAAACCGAAUUACAAGAGACAGUGAAAGAUCUAGCAAAAGGCAAAAAGAAGUACUUUGAGACUGAACAGAUGGCUCAUGCAGUACGAGAGAAAGCUGACAUCGAGGCAAAAUCUAAACUUAGUCUUUUUCAAUCAAGAAUCAGUUUACAGAAGGCGAGCGUAAAGUUAAAAGCCCGGCGGUCAGAAUGUAAUUCCAAAGCUACUCACGCAAGGAAUGAUUAUCUUCUUACACUAGCAGCAGCAAAUGCACAUCAGGAUCGCUACUAUCAAACAGAUUUAGUUAACAUUAUGAAGGCUCUUGAUGGAAAUGUAUAUGAUCACCUCAAGGAUUAUUUAAUAGCCUUCAGCCGGACUGAGCUAGAAACAUGCCAAGCUGUGCAGAACACAUUCCAGUUUUUAUUAGAAAACUCCACCAAGGUGGUGAGGGACUAUAAUCUCCAGCUGUUUUUACAAGAGAAUGCUGUAUUUCACAAACCCCAGCCCUUCCAGUUCCAGCCUUGUGACAGCGAUACUAGUUUAAAAGCUGCCCAACUGGUGGAUAUUGAGCUCUCCCCUGUCAGUGCUCUGAGAAUGACCAUAGCUGAGAGCCGGCAAUUAGAAUCUGAAACUGGGACCACCGAGGAGCACAGUCUAAAUAAGGAGGCUCGGAAAUGGGCCACACGAGUAGCACGUGAGCACAAAAACAUUGUUCACCAACAGCGGGUUCUAAAUGAUCUGGAAUGUCAUGGAAUUGCUAUAUCAGAACAAAGCCGAGCAGAGCUGGAACAGAAAAUAGACGAAGCUAGAGAAAACAUUCGUAAAGCAGAGAUAAUUAAGUUGAAAGCUGAAGCCCGACUGGACUUGCUGAAGCAGAUUGGUGUUUCUGUGGACACGUGGCUGAAGAGUGCCAUGAACCAAGUAAUGGAAGAACUGGAAAACGAGCGGUGGGCCCGCCCUCCUACAGUAACCAGUAAUGGCACUUUACACUCGCUGAAUGCAGAUACUGAAAGAGAAGAAGGAGAAGAAUUUGAAGACAACAUGGAUGUUUUUGAUGAUAGCAGUUCCAGCCCUUCUGGUACCUUAAGAAAUUAUCCACUCACCUGCAAAGUUGUUUAUUCCUAUAAGGCUUCUCAACCAGAUGAGUUGACCAUUGAGGAACAUGAGGUGUUAGAAGUGAUUGAAGAUGGAGAUAUGGAAGACUGGGUAAAGGCUCGAAAUAAAGUUGGCCAAGUGGGUUACGUGCCAGAAAAGUACCUGCAGUUCCCCACCUCGAACAGCCUGCUGAGCAUGCUGCAGUCCUUGGCGGCUCUGGACAGCCGCUCACACACAUCCAGCAAUUCCACGGAGGCAGAACUCGUCUCGGGCAGCCUCAACGGAGAUGCCAGUGUCUGUUUUGUGAAAGCACUUUAUGAUUAUGAGGGCCAGACCGAUGAUGAGUUGUCUUUUCCGGAGGGAGCGAUCAUCCGAAUCUUGAACAAAGAAAACCAGGAUGACGACGGCUUCUGGGAAGGGGAAUUCAAUGGGCGGAUUGGAGUUUUCCCGUCGGUGCUAGUGGAGGAACUUUCAGCCUCAGAAAACGGCGACACUCCAUGGGCGAAAGAGAUCCAGGUCUCACCUUCCCCGAAGCCACACACCUCCCUGCCUCCACUGCCGCUCUACGACCAGCCUCCCAGCAGUCCAUACCCCAGCCCCGACAAGAGGAGCUCCCAGUACUUUCCUCGGUCUCCGUCAGCCAACGAAAACAGCCUCCACGGCGAAUCACCAGGAUUCUCCCAGCCAUCACGGCAUACACCUGAGACCUCAUAUGGCAAACUGCGACCUGUCCGGGCAGCACCCCCUCCACCCACGCAGAACCACCGAAGGCCAGCCGAGAAGAUGGAGGAUGUGGAAAUCACUCUAGUGUGAUGAUGGCUUUGCCCACGCGUUCCUGCUACCAUCCAGGCCAGGCUUGAGGGGCCUGGCCGGUUUUGUUUUUUAGGCACCUUUGCAUGAUGACUCGAACAGAGCAAAAACAAGGAGGAUUGUAUGUGACUGGGUAGCCUGGUGGACUCCUCCCACGUUUUGACUAUUUUGUGCCUUUUUUUGUUGUCAUUUUCUAUGUCAUCUCUCCUACCAUAGCACAAAUCCUAACGGGCCCUAGAAGCAAAGACGGGGCAGCCCUCGUGCCUCACAGCGGUCCGUUUUUAUAUAAGACUCAAGACCAGGCCUCGUUCCAGGGCGCAGUCGUAGAAGUGCCGAUCACGUGCACUCGUACAGUAUAUUACUGUGGCCACGAGGAUGUGGCAGACUCAUCUUUCUCCAAGUGGCUUCUGCUUAUCUGAUGAAGUAUUAAUCAGAUCGUGUUGGCUACAUGAGGAGACAGAAGGAGGGACUUCAGGAGAGGCUGGCUCCUCCCCGUGAUAGUCCCCGGACUGAGAAAGUGAAACCUCAUUGGGCAAAAGGCGGACCGCCCUGAGUUUAGCACCAGUUGCAUUAACGCACAUCUCUUCUACAACUAACAGUUCAAAUGAUAACAGUGUCCUUUGUAUUAAUAUUUACGCCAUUCGUUUAGUAUUAGUGGAGCUAAUGUGGAGGGGCUGAACUCAUAGCCACAUCUCGUCCAUCCCAUAGACUAACAGAAAGGAGGCCACGGCCAAAGCAGAGAUGGAACUUCCAGAUCUGAAAUGAGCCGGUUUACUGUUCCUUUUGUAUUUGGGUAUGUUUUCGUCUUAAUUUUCACAGCAUAUACUCUUCUGACCAGUAUCCUUAGACUCUGAACAUCGAGAUAAUUGAGGACACCGGCCUGCAUUGUAGAGCUUCUCUGCAGGGAGGCCGCUCCCAUUCCUUAUUCCUGUGCCAGUGUGCUGGCCCUGUCAGCCUGGUUGUGGCUGGUCCAGGUCAGCCUCCACCCGUGGAAAAUGCAGCUUCCAGGUCCCACUGCCUUGCCAUGUCCUUGAGAGGAAGAGCCUGUGGGCCCAUGGAGGAAGUGAGCUUCCUAAGAGUGGCUGGAAGACCAUGGGGCAGAUGGAUGAAGAAAAGACAGUGUCCCUGAAGCCCCAGGCGAGCCCGGGGUGCUCUCCACAGCUGUGGGUGCCCCUGUGGGAGGUGAGGAGCACACUCCCCAGGGACCGAGAGUGGUUUGCUGGUUGCUUUUGUACUUUUGCUAAGAAAUCGAAUUUGCAGAAUUUAAUCCAAAAGUUUUAUUAUGCUUUGAAAACUCCUUCCCUCCUAAGAAUCUUUAGAAACUUGAAAAGUUUGCCAAAUGUCCCCAUGGGAUUUCUGACCAAAAGUAAGGUCAUAGCUGAAGGAAUUGUCAGUUAGUCCUUUGCUCACUGAAGUGACAACACCCACCGACAAAUCUGCUCUGUGAUUUUGGUAUUUUUGUUUUUGUUUUGUUUUUGUUUUUGCAUUCUUAACCUGUUGAUCUAUUUGAGGUCUUUUUUGUGUUUAUCAAACUUAUUAUUAAGUUUAAAAAAGAAAUGAAAAGGGUGGGGUUUUUUUGUAACAUUCUAAAGUUUGCCGACAUGUUAAAAAUCUUCAAAGUGCUUGUUGAAUAGAGCAGUUCUUGCCGCCCAGUCUUACAUUCUCGUUAGCCAAAUUGUCCUUGAAUUUGGGUUUUCCACCACCUCAGAGGGUUAUUUGAAAUCUUUUGUUAUAUUUUAAACUAUUUUUUGGAAGAGCUGCUAAUUUUAUUUUAGAAAACAGAGUUGUAAAAAUAUGCCUCCUUUUUAAAAAAGAAGCCCUCCCUCCAGGACGUGUAACCCAGCGUCGCAGUGCACAGGGCAGGGCUCAGAGCGAGCCUCUGUGCACGUGUGCUUUCUUUACAGUGGCUGUACAAAGUUUGUAUUUAUUAUGUAUAAAAUGUUGAAUAAUAAAAAACAAACAAAAAAAGGGAA